CAAAUAUAGAAGGCGUAAAGAACUGCGUGCGGCUGACACUUUUGGCGGGAUUUCGGAACGUGACCAAAAUCACACCAGACUUUGGCGUGUUUGUGCAAAGCCUGAGGUACUCGCCCAUUCUAAAAAUAACCACCAAUGGGAAUAUGGUAUACCGUGAAAGGCCGUACUCGUUUGCUGAAGUCCGGUCCAUGCCUUUGAAGUCGCACACGACCGUAACCAUGGAAACGAAGCCGAAUAUGGACGUAGAUGGCGAUUGCGACCAGAACGAGCUGAAAGUGGCACACGCGUACGUUUAUUAUGCGCAGGGCAUCUACGUAGACACGCCAGCACAUACGCCAAUGGGUCUAACCUGCACAACAAUGGCUCAGGCUGUGGGAGGACAGAAGUGGGUGUAUGGGCAUACCGACUGUCCCACCUACCAUGCUUUAGUGGCUCCAGCCAUUGGCGACGCAGGCCCUCGGAAAGAAGAAGAGGAACGGCCGAAGAACGCAUGUUUUAACUGCGAUUCUGUCGACCAUGCGUAUGUCAUAUGUGCAUGUGCAUGA